AUGGAAGCAGAGGAAAUCUUGAAGCUUUUUGAUACUUGUUGGUUUGGCCUUCAAAAUUUGAAGCAACAUCAAAGUUCUUUAACAUCAAAAGGUUCUCAUCAAAGCAAAGAAGAAUCAUCAAAAGAAUCGAAGCUUUCUCGAAUUCGAACCAAUCACACAAGGUCCAUGAGUGACGAACUAAACAACAUGACAACUUUCAAACAUGAUGAUGCUGUUUCUCCAAAAUCGUUCCUUUUUGAAACAAAGCUACAAACAAUCCCCUCAGGAAAAGAUGUCACAGACUACAUAGAAGCGGAAAACCAAGCACAGUUGCAGCUUGACGUUUCGCCUAAGAAGAACAUGAUAAGAAAAAGAAGGAGGAAAGGGGAAAGCAAGAGUUUAUCAGACCUUGAGUUUGAGGAGGUAAAAGGGUUCAUGGAUCUUGGUUUUGUUUUCUCCGAGGAAGAUAAAGAUUCAAGCUUGGUUACAAUCAUACCUGGGUUGCAAAGGUUAGGAAAGAAUGAUAAUGGAGAAGAAGAAGAAGAGGAUUCUUCUAUUGAAUCUAUGAUUCAAAGGCCUUACCUUUCUGAAGCAUGGGAGGUUCAGGAAAGGAGAAAGAAAGAGAAGCCUCUGAUGAAUUGGAAAAUUCCUGCUCCUACCAAUGAUGUUGAUAUGAAGUAUAGUCUCAUGUGUUGGGCUCAUAAUGUUGCUUCCACUGUAAAAUGA